CGAAAUUUCAAAUUUUGCAUAGAGGCUUCGUAAAAGUAUGGAAAGCUUACGUUCACCAGUCACUUUUAUACAUCGAAGCAUAUACAGAAUAUACAAUGACAUCUGCAGAAUCUAGUACACAGGGCGUCAAGCUCGGACUCGCAGAGAUGUUCAAGGGCGGCGUCAUCAUGGACGUAGUCAAUGCCGAACAAGCGCGCAUUGCUGAGGAAGCCGGUGCAUGCGCUGUCAUGGCCCUCGAGCGUGUGCCUGCUGAUAUCCGCAAGGAUGGAGGUAUUGCCCGCAUGUCCGACCCUCAGCUAAUUAAAGAAAUUAAGGCUGCUGUCACCAUCCCUGUUAUGGCUAAGGUCCGUAUUGGUCACUUCGUGGAGGCACAGAUCCUGGAGCAUCUGGAGGUUGACUACAUUGAUGAAAGUGAAGUGCUCACUCCCGCUGAUGAACAGCACCACAUCAACAAGAGCAAGUUUAAGGUGCCCUAUGUUUGCGGCGCAAAAGACAUUGGUGAAGCUCUGCGACGUAUUGCCGAAGGCGCCUGCAUGAUUCGUACCAAGGGAGAGGCAGGAACUGGCAAUGUAGUCGAGGCUGUGCGUCACUCUCGCAAGAUGAACUCACAAAUUCGUCAAAUGAAGGGUAUGGAUGAGGAUGAGUUAUACGCAUUCGCCAAGGAGAUCCGCGCUCCUCUUAACCUUGUUCAGCAAACAGCCAAGCUCGGUCGUCUGCCCGUUGUCAACUUCGCCGCUGGCGGUAUCGCCACUCCCGCCGAUGCAGCUCUGAUGAUGCAGCUCGGAUGUGAUGGAGUUUUCGUUGGAUCGGGUAUCUUCAAGAGUGGUGAUCCUGAGAAGCGAGCAAACGCUAUCGUCAUGGCUGUCACAAACUUUAACAACCCCAAGAUUCUAGCUGAGAUCAGUGAAAACUUGGGUGAGCCCAUGGUAGGAAUUAACUGUGAUACUCUACCCGAGGACCAGAAAUUCGCCCAGCGUGGAUGGUGAUCUGUCGGUUCUACUUGCGAGUUGAACAGCUGUUAUAAAUAUUAGAUUGGUAUUGUCUGAAUGUGCGAAUAAAUGUGCAAGACUCUAACGAUGUAUACUUUGUUUUGUAUUGAAUGCACUUGAGAUUGCG